AUGCCCAUCAUCAAAAUGCAAUCCUCCGACGGAGAGGUGUUCGACACGGAGCUGCAGGUCGCCAAGUGUUCCGGAACUAUCAAAACCAUGCUCGAGGACCUGGGCAUCGAGGGAGGUGACGGCGAAGAGGAUGUGAUUCCACUGCCGAACGUUAAUUCUGCCAUCCUGCGAAAGGUGCUCCAGUGGGCCAACUACCACAAGGACGAUCCGGUUCCGGCCACCGACGAGGAUGAGACCAAGGAGAAGCGGACCGACGAUAUCAGCUCGUGGGACGCUGAUUUUCUCAAGGUGGACCAGGGAACGUUGUUUGAGAUUAUUUUGGCGGCGAAUUAUCUGGAUAUUAAGGGACUGCUUGAUGUGAGCUGUAAAACGGUGGCAAAUAUGAUCAAGGGGAAGAACCCGGAGGAGAUUCGGAAGACGUUUAACAUUAAGAAUGAUUUUACGCCGGCGGAGGAGGAGCAGAUUCGAAAGGAGAAUGAGUGGUGUGAAGAGAAAUGA